AUGGCAUCGCCGCCAAAACCGUGGGAGAGACCGGGCGCAACCGCCGCCGCUUCUGCAACAGCACCACCGCUUCCAUCUUCCACACCGCCAACCCUGCCUACCGCACCCGCAAACGCCAUGUCAGCACCGGCAACUGCAACCGCCGCGACUCCCUCCGCCGCAUCACCCGCGAUACCUGAGCGACCCGCCACCCUGACCGCCGCUGUGAACCAGAACGCCGCAGCCUACAGCAGACCCCCCUACGGCGCAUCUCCAUACGGCGCCUCCCCAUACGGUUCGGCAUACUCGUCGCCUUACGGCUCACCAUACUCUAGAUACGGCGGCGGUAUGUAUGGCAAUAGUAUGUACGGGGGAGGCAUGUACGGUGGUGGCCUCGGCGGUGGACUCGGCGGCUAUGGCGCCGGCGGCAUGUACGGCGGUGGCAUGUACGGGGGCAUGCCCGGGGGUGUACCCGGGGACCCAAACAACCCGGAGAGCCUCACUCAGCGCUUCAACAUGAGCACGCAAGCCACUUUCCAGAUGUUGGAGGGCGUAGUCGGCGCCUUUGGCGGGUUCGCCCAGAUGCUGGAGAGCACAUACAUGGCGACGCAUUCGAGUUUCUUCGCAAUGGUCUCCGUCGCCGAGCAAUUCGGCAACCUCCGCGACACUCUCGGCUCUGUCCUCGGCAUCUUCACCAUGAUGCGCUGGAUCCGGACCCUGAUCGCCAAACUGACAGGAAGACCCCCGCCGGUGGAUGCCCAGGCGCUCACCCCCGCCUCGUUUGCCCGAUUCGAAGGGCGAUCAACCCCCGGAGCCGACCGUGGACCGCCCAAGCCCAGCCGCAAGCCCCUGUUCUUCUUCAUGCUGGCUGCCUUCGGCCUGCCCUACGUCAUGAGCAAGGUCAUCCGCUCGCUCGCCGCCAACGCCGAGGAGGACGAGCGCCGACGCCACCUCGUGGCCGCGCAGCAGAGCCUCGACCCGUCCAAGCUCGAGUUCUGCCGCGUGCUGUACGAGUUCUCCCCCGCGGCCCAGGGCCAGGCCGUCGUCCAGGGCGUCGACCUCGAGGUGCACAAGGGCGAUCUGGUGGCGGUGCUGGGAAAGAGCGACCCGAUGGGCAACCCGAGCGAGUGGUGGAAGUGCCGCGCCCGCGACGGCCGCAUCGGCUACCUGCCCGCGACCUUCCUCGAGGUCAUGCGCAAGCCGGGCGCCCCCGUCGCCGCCAUCAAGGACACCGCCGCGAGCGAGAGCAGCCGCGCCAACUCCCUGACCAGCACCGUCAGCGCCCCGAGCGCCCUGCCCGACGCCUCUUCCAAGGCCCCGCCUCCUCCCCUGCCCGCCACCAAGGUCGGCGACGUCACGCCCGAGAGCUUCCAGAAGUCGCAGUUCUACUCCUAG